UCGCGAGGGCCUUCGUGAGUACGUGCCUCGAGAACAGCAUCAUUUGCGUCUAAAAAGCGAAUAUUGACUGCACACAGACCAUGGUUUACGAAAAGUUAUCAUAUGGAUAUGAAUCGACACUGUAUGUAAAAGAAGAUAUAUUUACAAUGGAACCGAUAUGCGCAUCUCGCGCAGCCCAGAUCCUCGUGAACCGAGCUAGCUAGUGUAUCCAGGUCAAAGGUAUUUCUUUUUGUAACAAAACAUGUUGUUGCAGACAUGCGCUUUUAGUUAGACUAAGUUAAAUUUAGCCAUUUAUCAGUACUCAGAGAUCAUGCCAAAAGACGUAUCUUCAUCAAGUGAUGAGGCAAGUGACACCGAGGAGGUUCCGCAAAAACGGAAAAAGCUGGCUUCAAGGUAUCAGUGUCCAGCUGAUUUUGUGGCAUUUGCCCACAAACCCUGUGCCAGUACCCUCAUCGAAAGGGUUCGUGAUGACAACACAGAAUUAUGGCUCAUCAAAGCUCCCAGCAGUUUCAACCCGGACAGUUUCAGCAGUCUGAAGAUGCCUCUGUCUGGGCUGCAGACCAUGCAGGCCCCUGCCCAGCAGGCGCGUGGCGGUGGUGGGAAUGCCAGGAAGAUCUACAGUGUGCUGGGUGGGCCCUCUGGUGCUGCGGACCUCCACCUCCUCACCAGCCACCGCCAGAGGCUCGACUCAGUGGUCUGUGCCCCGGCCUUCAGUGGCCUCCUCAACAUCUGUGAGAGCUACGGCGACUGCAGCACCAACCAGACCCCCAUAGCCAUCCCAGCCACCCCAGCCCCCACCGCGCCCCCGGGGCUCCGCCAGCGCUUCCAGCCUUUCGGAAGCAGGACCCCCACCCUCUCCAGACUGAUGGAGGAUACAGCCGAUACUCCGCUGCCGUCUUCACUAGAGACGCCUCUCAGGGUCACACUGGAUCCGGGGGAGGAGAGGAAGCGCAAGAAGAAAGAGAAACGUAUAAAGACUGAGGAGGAGGAGGAGGAGGAGGUAAGGGUGGUCAGGGUGAAGCAGGAGCUGCUAGACAUGAGCCCAGAGGAGCCCUAUGAACUUCCUGGGCAGGAAGCUGAGCUCUCAGAGGAGGAGAAGAGGAGGAGGAAGAAGAAGAAGAAAAAGAAGGAUAAGGACAGAGAUGUAUAUUUUAAUGUAAUUAAGGAAGAGGUGGAAGUUAAAGUUGAACCGAUGGACAGUUCCUAUGGUGACGUUGAAGAUUCUGGAAAAAAGAAAAAGAUGAAGAAAAACAAGCAUGACGAUGACUAAUCUGUUGAUUUUCAUGGUCAUCUGGCUUUGUGAAGUUAUGCUAUGAUAUAAUUGUAUCAUUCAAUUAAGCAGUACAACAUCAUUAUUAUGCUACUGUACUGUCAUUUGGCUUUUGGGGGUACAUUUUAUCGUCCAACAAAACCUAGACAAUAACAUACCAUAGUGUUCAGACUUGUGCCUCUUUAUUCACACUGAACAAAAAGCUUAUUUUUCUCAAAUUUUGUGCACAAAUUUGUUUACAUCCCUGUUCGUGGGCAUUUCUACCUUGC